AAUUGUGAGACGCCUUGGGCGGCACGAUGAGCGUUGAUCGCUUGGUUGGGGAAGAUAUUUGCAAGCCGGAUGAAAUAUUAUGGGGCGGCGACGAGACUGAAGGCAUGCGCAGCCUCGGUAUGUCCCUGCGCUUCGCGCCUGGCGUCGAGCACUGUGCCUCCGUAGCGGCCCUGCAGCCGCAGACGUUGAAAGUCACACGCGAGAGAGAGAUGGACUGCGCGGGAGGCCACGUCGUCUGUUUGCACCCGGUUCCGACGGAGGAGCCGGCCAACGGCAUGCUUUCACCGAUUAUCGCCGUCGGCGGCCGGUGUGUCCUACAAGCUGGCGACAUUGCCAAAUCCCGCAAGAACUUUGAACUCUUUGAACUGACUAAAGAGUGGCCGGGGCCCGAAGUGUCCGAACAGUGCCCGCACUGCGGCGCGCGGCACGUUGAAUCGGACGUCAAGACGUACAUGUUGCUUUGGAUGCCCCUUUUUCGAGAAGGCAAGGCGAUCCUUUGCGGCAGGACGCAGCGGAUACAGAAGAAACUGCAUAUGACCAUCAUGCCGCGAUUGGUCUGCGAGCCGUGUUUUGCGGCGAUUGCUGGGACCUUGUCGUGCGAGGUGCUGCGCGGCAAUGAGACGGUCGAGUUGAGCGUUGCCGAGCUGCUCCCGGCGGUGCUCACGGCGUCGUUGCCUGGUUACGACCACGACGAUUGUCCUGGCGUCACCUGGCUCAGCACGCAGUGGCGCGAGCUCGGUUUGCUCGAAGCAUUUAAGGCGUACUUUGGACAGCAGAUGGCUGAGGGGAUGGGAGGAAAAUUCGUCCAGCCCGGCGGCACCGGCGGUCAAGUCGAGUUCAACGAAAAGUCCGCCGCGGGUCGCACCUGCGACAUGUGCGGCGCGCGGCACCGCGACGGUCCGACGCGCUUGCACCGGUGCACCGACUGCGAGCACGCGUUCUACUGCUCCCGCACGUGCCAGAAGGCCGCCUGGCCGGACCACCGCGCCUUCUGCAAGGAGCGGCAAGCCAAACGCGAGCGGCUCCGCGAGGAGAUAAGGCAGGCCGAGCUCGCAAAGAAACGCGAGGAGGCCAAGUUGGCCGAGCAGCUGGCGCAGGCCAGGCUCGAAGCCGAGGCCGCCGCGCGCGAUUCGUUCCUGCCCGCGGCGGCGGCGACGCCGACGCGCAAGAAGAAGUCGGCGGGGUCGAAAAAGAAGAAGGGCUCGAAGCGAAAGUGAGUGCGGCGCUGUGCUGUGAGUAAUUCUGAUUCUGUA